AUGUUUCUUAUGCUGGCAUCACUGGUGACUGUGAUGUUGACAUUUGAGAAACCCUUCAUGGCAGAGGGACGUUUGCACAAGUAUUGUGGCAUUGGCAUCAGUUCACUGCUGGGGGUUCAGAUUGCCAUGGGCCUCUUGAGACCCUCAUCUCAUCAUAGACUACGGUGGGUGUAUGAGCUUUGUCAUCAUUGGCUGGGCCGUAUUCUUUUAGUCGCUGGCACCACUGUGGCAUCCCUGGGAGUGAAUGCACUGAAGGCUCUGUUUGAUGACAGCAUCACUGGAUGGGUAAGUGUUUUGCUGCGUGGCCAGAGUCUCGUACUUGCUUGUGUUGAUCCUGUGUGA